UAGUUAAGAUUGCAAAAAUGGCAACUCGAACCAAAUUCAUGCUCUCUUCACCCUUCUUCCUUCUCCUCUUCUUCCCCUGCAAUGGCUCAGACACCAUUACAAUCGACCAACCUCUCUCCCCAAACCAAACCAUCGUCUCCAAACAAGACAUAUUCCAACUGGGCUUCUUCCUCCCAGCCGGCGCCACCAACUACUACGUCGGAAUCUGGUACAGAAACAAACCCCUUCGAUCAGUCUGGGUCGCAAACAGAAACAAUCCAAUCUCCCCCUCUCUCUACAACACCUCUCUCCUCCAAUUAACUACUAACGGCACCCUCACCCUCACCGUCAACUCCCUUCCAAUCUGGACCUUGCAAUCACCGGCAAAAGCCACCCAAGCAAUUAUCCUCGACACCGGAAACUUCGUCUUGCAAAACAACUCCGCUGUCGUCUGGCAGAGCUUCGAGAACCCCUCGGGCACGUGGCUGCCCGGCGCACCCAUCAGCUCACAAAUCAAGCUCACUUCUUGGACCACACUAGAAGACCCGGCCGCGGGCGCGGGCAGCUACUCUUUGCAAAUGGAAAGUAACGAGCUUGUGAUAAAGAGAAACGCCUCACAAACGGUUUGGAAAAGCGGGUUUUGGAGCAACGGCGGUUUCCCUUCGUUUCCCAAUAGCAACGCUUUGUACAAUUUCAGCCACGUCUCGAGAAACGGAGUUGAUUUCUUCACCUAUAAUGCUUACAACGAAUCGGUUUUUGUUAGAAUUGUUCUGCUUGCGAGCGGCGAAUUGGAUCACUACGUGUGGUCGGAGGCGAAGGGGGAUUGGUUCACGGCGGCGGAGCAGCCGUUUGAUCCCGAUUUCUGUGAAGUCGAAGCGAAAUGUGGGGCGAAUGCGGUUUGUGAUGUGAAUUACGUGCCUGCGUGUAGGUGUUUGGAGGGGUUCGCGCCGAGGGUUGAAGGGGAUUGGGGUUUGUUUGAUUUUUCACAAGGGUGUGUGAGAGAGAGAGCGCUGCAGUGUGAGAAGGAGAAGACGGUGUUUUCGAGGGUGAUCUCUGCGGUGUGGAGUGGGGGAUCGAAUGUGAGUGGCGGUGGUGAGUGUGAAGCUUUGUGCUUGGAUGAUUGCUCUUGCUCUGCUUUUGCUAAUAGGAGUGGAGAUGGAUGUGUGUUGUUCAAGGAUGACUUGAUGGAUCUUCAGAGGCUCGGGAACCAGUCGUCGUCGGGAGGCGAUCUGUUUGUCCGGAUGGAACGGGCCGAUCGGCCGUCGAGGAAAGGAAAGAGGAAGGUUGUUGUGGCUGUAGCUGUCUCCAUAUCUGCUGCUGCACUGGUUGUUCUCUCUUUCUGUCUGUGGCCAAUCCUCAAAAGCAAAGUGUUCAGGGUGGUGCAUCAAGAUCUGCUGCUACUCGAUUUAAAUCAAAGUAGUCGUGCAGUAGAGAGAAACAGAGAGUAUGAGCUGCCGGUCUUCAGUUUCUCUAGCAUUGCCGCGGCAACUAACAACUUUUCUGAUGCAAACAAGCUAGGAGAGGGUGGCUUUGGGCCUGUUUACAAGGGAGAGCUCCUCAAUGGGCAGUUUGUAGCAGUUAAACGGCUCUCGCAAAGUUCUGAUCAAGGACUAGAGGAAUUCAGAAAUGAGACACAACUGAUUGCAAAACUGCAGCACAAAAAUCUUGUUGGCAUCUUAGGAUGUUGUACAGAAAAGGAUGAGAAUAUAUUAGUCUAUGAAUAUAUGCCCAACAAGAGCUUGGAUGUCUUCAUUUUUGAGCCGGAGAAGAAAGGGCUACUGGACUGGAAGAAGCGAGUGGAGAUCAUCGAAGGCAUUGCUCAAGGGCUUCUGUAUCGCCACCAUUAUUCGCGGCUGAGAAUGAUCCAUAGAGAUUUAAAAGCUAGUAAUGUUCUGCUAGAUGCGGAGAUGAACCCUAAAAUCUCAGAUUUCGGGAUGGCUAGGAUAUUCGGAGGCAACGAGUCACGAUCAAAUACUAAGAGGAUUGUUGGGACUUAUGGCUAUAUGUCGCCGGAAUAUGCAAUGAAAGGAGUUUUCUCUUUAAAGUCUGAUGUAUACUCUUUUGGAGUGGUGAUGCUUGAGAUCAUAACUGGAAAAACCAUCUCUGAGUUAUAUGAUUCUAACCGUCUUACCCUGCUUGAAUAUGGUUGGAACAUGUGGAAACAAGAAAGAGGGCUUGAGCUGGUUGAUCCGAUUUUGGAAGUGCCUAGAUCUUCAUACUCUGUUGCAUUGAAAUGCAUCAACAUCGCUCUAUUGUGCGUCCAAGGAAAUCCAGAUGAUCGGCCUCUGAUGUCGGAUGUGGUGUCUAUGUUGAAUAACGACAAGGCAGCGAUUGCAUCACCGGACCAUCCUGCUUUCACGGUCGGGACAACAAGUGCAGCAUUAGAAAUCGCCUCUGUCAAUCACUUGACAGUGUCUCAAAUCGAUCCUCGUUAAGUUAUAGUGAAACCAACAUAGAUAGUAGUAAGAUAUUGUUAGACUCAUUUUUUUUCUUUUAGUUUAGUCAUAUGGUUAUUUUUGCUUCAAGGAUUUAUGUUCAUGUAUCAUUGUCUAAAUGUGGUGAUGUAGUUUUUUUAAACUUAGAAGCUCAAAUGAAGGGUCUUGAACAAAUUUUCUACUAGGGACCUUAAUCUAUUCUUCUUCUUUUGGUUGA